AUGGCCACUGGACGUAUAGGAAGAGUCGAUGUGUUCGAUCCGGCAAUCGAAACAUGGACAACCUACGAAGAAAGGCUGGACAAUUUCUUCACAGCAAACGCAGUGGACGACAACAAAAAAGUUCCCGCGCUACUGAGCCUCGUGGGCCCCAAAACAUACGCAUUGUUAAGAGACUUAACAGCGCCUGAAUUACCCAAGGCUAGGACGUACAAGCAACUUACGAAAGCACUGAAGGACCACUAUUCUCCAAAACCGUUGGUUAUAGUAGAAAGGUUUAGAUUUCACAAGCGGGACCAGCAGGAGGGUGAGAGCGUCCGUGAGUACAUUGCAGCUCUUCGUAAACUGAGUGAAUUCUGUGAAUUUAAAGACGUCCUUAAUGACACACUACGGGACAGAUUUGUUUGUGGAUUGAAAAAUGAACAUAUUCAAAAGAAACUUCUCUCGGAGAAAAACCUCACUUACCAAACUGCGCUCGAGAUAGCCAUUGCGAUGGAGACGGCGACUAAUGACGCCCUGGAGAUUCAAAGGAAACACCUUUCCAUCACGUCCGGUGUCAACAAACUAAGUGUACCCAAGGGUAAGAAAAGAAUUCAACAAAAACAAACUACGGUAGCCCAGAGGUGCUACAGAUGUAACGGAAACCAUACCUCAGAUGACUGCAAAUUUAUCCAUGAAACAUGUCGACAGUGUGGGAAAAAGGGGCAUAUACAACGAGCAUGCCGUUCCAAACCAGCCACCAUGAAACCACUACAUACAUACAGUAAACAUGUUCAUGAAGUGGAAGUAUCGGAUGAUUUCGAACCAAUGUUUUCACUAUGCUAUGCUAUGGGAGGACUAAAGGAUGCAAUAUGGAUAAAGCCCCACGUGAAUGGUCAAGAAUUUCCCAUGGAACUGGACACAGGAUCAGCGAUUUCAGUAAUCAACCGGAAAACUUAUCAGCAAAAUUUUUCCAAUGUAAAGUUGAUAGACACCGACAUAAACCUAAGAACAUACUCAGGAGAAAAUAUCACCCCACUAGGUGUAUGUUCAGUCAACGUAGAGAUGGAUGAUCAGCAACAGCAGUUAAACUUGUAUGUGGUCGACAAAGGGGGACCACCUUUAUUUGGUCGAGAGUGGCUAAAGAACCUCAGACUAAACUGGGCAGAAAUCAAGACAUUAGAAACUAGAAAACAAGGCGUAAGCGAAGUGAUUGAGAAGUACAAAAACGUGUUCACUGAUGACCUGGGCAGGCUAAGGGACAUAUCAGCCAGAAUAAAAGUAGAGGAGUCGGCGACGCCCAAGUUUUGCAAAGCUCGUGUGGUACCGUAUUCGUUACGCUCCAAAGUUGAUCAGGAACUGGACCAUCUUAUCAAGACUGGAAUUCUCAGUAAGGUAGAACACAGUGAAUGGGCUACUCCCAUUGUUUCAAUACCAAAAAAGGAUGGAACUGUGAGAAUUUGCGGUGACUUCAAGGUCACAGUGAAUCCCGUCUUGGACAUAGACCAGUAUCCUCUACCCAAGAUCGAAGACAUAUUUGCAAGCCUGGCGGGAGGUCGACAGUUUACAAAACUGGACUUGAAGAAUGCUUACCUUCAAAUGAUGGUGAGAGAAGAGGACAGACAUUAUCUCACGAUAAAUACUCACCGUGGUCUAUUUCAGUACAACAGGCUUGUGUUCGGAAUAGCCUCGGCACCAGCGAUAUGGCAGAGAGCCAUGGACACAGUUCUUCAAGGACUUGAGGGAGUACACUGCAACAUGGAUGAUAUGAUCAUUACUGGGAGAACACCUGAAGAACACCUGAAAAACUUAGAACAAGUCUUGAAGCGACUUGACCGUUACGGGUUAAAAGCAAAUGUUGACAAGAGUGAGUUCCUAAAAGACAAAAUUGAAUUUUGUGGCCAUGUGAUAGAUGCAGAAGGACUCCACAAAACAUCAAAGAAAAUCGAAGCUGUGCUUAAUGCUCCAGAACCAAAGAAUGUGUCUGAACUCAGAGCUUUCUUAGGACUCGUAAACUACUAUGGACGAUUCAUGGAGAACUUGUCUACUCACUCAGCGCCCUUAUAUGACCUUCUGAAGGAUAAUUCCAAAUUUGUAUGGUCAAAAUCAUGCAGAGCAGCAUUUGAGAAGAUCAAGGAACUUGUGACGUCAGACCAAGUGCUCGUGCACUAUGAUCCCCAGAAGCCUGUAACACUGGCAACAGAUGCUUCUCCCUAUGGACUGGGAGCUGUGCUGUCUCACGUGAUGCCGGAUGGUUCUGAAAAGCCGAUUGCUUUUGCAUCUAGAUCACUUAGUCAAACAGAGAGGAAGUAUGCACAAAUUGAUAAGGAAGCGCUAGGAUUAGUGUGGGGGGUGAAGAAAUUUCACGCAUACUUGUAUGGGAGAAAGUUCACCUUAGUGACUGAUCAUCAACCUCUAGUAUCUAUUUUUCAUCCCGAGAAAGGACUACCUGUGACUACAGCAGCUAGACUACAGAGAUAUGCGAUUUUUCUAUCUGGAUUCCAAUACGAUAUUCGAUACAAAAACACAAAGAAACACAGCAACGCUGAUGCCUUAUCAAGACUUCCUGUUCCAACAGAAGGCGAAGGAUCCAAUGAAGAGGCUUAUGAUGUAACUGAACUGUAUAUGAUUCAGCAACUUGAAAGCCUACCUGUUAGUAGUAAAGAAGUUCAGAGAGGAACUGUAAAAGACACCACUCUGAAAGUGGUAUAUGACAUGACAGCUUCAGGAUGGCCAGCAUCUGCAAAUGACCUAAGUGAAGAACUGAAAGCAUACUUUUCUCGCAGAAAUGAGAUCUCAAUUUAUCAGGGAUGCUUACUAUGGGGAAUUCGUGUUAUCAUUCCCCAGGACCUUCGUUCGCGUGUCCUAGAGGAACUUCAUGAAGGACACCCGGGGAUUGUCUAG